AUGAUCUUUAACUGCGAUUCCGUGAUCUCAAGUCUUCGAAGUCAUUCCGAAGGAGUCGCAAAGCUUCUCCUACAAAGACCCAGCGUCUUUGUCUCACACGAACUGAAAAAGUCGCAAGCGGUUGACAGCCAUACCAUCAAGGCAACAGCAAGCAGUCACCAUCUUAGCUUUGUUGUCAAGCAGGACCCGGUUUAUAUCACGGAACUCUUGGAUCUCGUCGUACGUGAUGAGGUUGCCAAGUUAUACAAGCUCAGCGAAAAGGUUCCAUCCUCGGCCCCUUCCUGUCCAGCACCCAAAAACAUGGUUGACCGACUCUCUGCCUUCAGGGUCAACGUUGCUAUGUUUAUGGACCAGUACACCAUCAGCAUACCGUUGCUCCGUGCCCUGACAUAUACAGUCAAUGGAACUGUUGCAAGAGUAGCGAUGGCGGCGAAUUUUGGCAGGGAGAUCAUCUUCGAUUUUGAUAUCAAGGAGAACUCGCAUGAGAUAAGGACAAAGAUGAACAACGUCACAAAGCGAAUAUCUCUGCUACAGAUUCCACCGACAAAUGGACGGAUCAGAAACCAUACUACCGACAGUGAGCAUUCUGUGACUGUCUUCGCAUCUCUCGAGCUGGUGGAACUCGAUGCAUCAGCAGUGUACAGUUUUCUGUCGGCAUUGAACCGCCCAGAGGUCGCGAGUGCUGUCACUGAGCUACAACAACAAGGCAAAGCCAUCCAAGAGCACAUCAAGGAGAUAACCGGAAGCAAUCAUAUCUCUGACAUGCGCAGUUCGUCUCCUGAAACACCUCAAGUAGAGUCAAAGCUACUAGUCUAUGCUGUAAACCUAACCUUUGCCGGGCUCAGAGUGUUUGGUAAUAGUCCGCUCAACUCGGAGGUGGAGCACUUAGCUCAUAUAGCAUUCAAACUCGACAAGAUCCAUCUCGGUACUUCCAAUCGAGUGGAACAACAAGGGCCACUCCUGGCGUAUCCCGAAUUUCAUAUCAACGUUCGGGAAGUUGCUUUUGAAAUUCAAAAGGGCAAUACCGAAGCCAUGAGAUCGUGUGGGAAUCUUACCUUCGGAGCCCUUAUAACUGCCACAUCAAAACAUGACGAUGACGGAAAGGAGCAGAGGAUGUUCAAUGUCAAGAGUGACGCCUUUCAUAUCAAUCUUUCCCCUGACACAGUCUCAACAGUCGUUGAUGUCCUUGGCUAUAUGGGCGACAAGAUCAAGGAUCUUGAUACAUCACGAGAGUUGGAAUACCUGCGAAAGCUCCGGCAGUCCAAGCCACGCAUUGCCAUCAAUGAUCUGGAGAUGGAAGAGGAGGAUGAUCAGGAUAUCGUCGACGUAUUCCUGUCCUCGUUCACGUAUACGUUCGAGAUCUGCAACAUACAACUUGCCUGGCUGGUCAACCACAAUCACCCAAGAGAACUCCCGGAUCCUGAUAAGGAAGACCUGGUACUGUCGUUAGACAAGAUUGAGUUCAGCACUCGCACAAGAAACUCGGCCAGGCUCACAAUCGAAAACCUGCGGCUCCAAAUGGGUUCGGUAGAGCAGGACUGGAGGCUACGGUCCCCGAACUCUGCUUUGCUACCGGAGAUAAUGUUCAACAUUGCCUACGUAUCCAUGUCGGACACCCGGAGGCUGGCCUUCCAAGCUGUGGGCAAGACUCUCGACAUUCGACUCACUUCAGGUUUUAUCCUACCGGCAGCUCAUCUCACCAGGUCGAUCAGUUUGUCGAUAAACAAUGUCCAACAGGCUUCGCAAAACUGGAAUCCUUCUCCGCCCACUGCGACACAAGCAGCUAGUUCACCCGAACCCCAAGAGCAGGUCCGCAAAAGGAGCAUUCUGGGUAGCAAGAGACUUGAAUCACUCCUGGUGGAUGCGGAUUUCGCGGGAGCCGUCGUACAUUUGACAGGCAAGAGAACACCCAGUGACCUAGUCAGCGCCUCAAGAUUGGGCAAGCCUAGCACGGCUGGGAAGGGUCAGUUCGGGCAAGAAGAGUGGGUGAACAGCGUUACUACGCUCAGAUCCCCAGGCCUUGCCUUGAAAAUGGAAUAUUGCGACGACGGCAGGGAAGACCCUUCACUGUUUGCUGAAGUGAAGAUCGACGCAUCCAGCAACAUAUUAUAUCCAUCUGUGGUACCCUUAAUGGUGGAAAUGAGCAAUAACAUCAAGUCGGUAGUCAGCGAACGAGGGGAGGGUGCAAACUCUCCCAGUCCUCCGCAAGCAUCUUCUCCACCCAAGGCUAAACCAGCUGAAGAGGACGGGAUUCUCAGUGCUGAUCCCAGCGCUGUGCUGGGUCGCGUGAAGCUCAACCUAGGCCUGCGUGUUCGGAAGCAGGAGUUCUCGUUGAGUUGUCAGCCUAUUGCUCUAGUGGCGGCCACCGCCAGUUUUGACGAUGUUUACUUUACCGCCAACACCGUCCGGUCGGCUGACCAGGGCAACUUCUUUGCUAUCUCUGGUGCCUUUUCAAACCUUCAAGCUUCUGUUCAGCACGUCUAUUCUCGGGAGUCCACCGGUAGCUUUAAGGUUGACUCGAUAGUCCUCUCGCUGAUGAACAGCAAGCAUGUAAGUGGCACAAACGGGUUGUCUGCGAUCCUCAAAGUAAGCCCGAUGGAGGUAUCGAUCAACGCGAAACAGCUUCAGGAUUUCAUGCUCUUCCAGGAAAUAUGGGUCCCCCGUCAAUUUACCGAGACCACGCCGUCAUCACCAGUGGCCAAACUGGUCACAGAGACAUCACAGGGCCAUCUUGUGCAGCGCUAUCAGCAGGUUGCGGCAACUGCUGCUUUCCCUUGGACAGCCACAAUCUCCAUCACCGCACUCAAGAUUUCGGUGGAUUUGGGUCAGGCCUUGGGUAAAUCUACGUUCUCGAUCGAUAAUUUCUGGAUCUCUUCAAAAAAGACGUCAGACUGGGAGCAAAACCUCUGCCUCGGGUUCGACAUGAUCGGCAUGGAAAGCCAAGGCCGCAUGAGUGGAUUUGUGGCCCUGCGAGACUUCAAGCUCCGUACCUCGAUCAAGUGGCCUGAAAGAGAACAGGCCCUGAACGAGACGCCUCUUGUUCAAGCGUCUGUGGGAUUCAGCCAGUUCCGGGUCAAGGCUGCCUUCGACUACCAGGCUUUCCUGGUUGCAGACAUUACAUCUAUGGAGUUCCUCAUGUACAACGUUCGGCGCAGUCGACAGGGAACUGGAGAUCGCCUUGUGGCCAUCUUUAACGGCAAUGCCGUCCAGAUAUUUGGCACUACCAGUUCGGCUGCUCAGGGCGUGGCGAUGUACCAGGCCUUCCAGAGGCUCAUUCAAGAGCGCAAAGCCAACUUUGAGUCUUCUCUCAAGGAAAUCGAGCGGUUCAUGAGGAGAAAGUCUGUCACGGCACCAGCAGCUGUCAUAAAGCGCCUUGACCAGAAAACCAAGCUCGCCUCCGAAGCAGACGAUACGCUCUCCAAGUCUCCUAUUUCACUGGACACGGACGUUGUGGUAACCCUUAAGGCUCUCAACCUAGGCGUCUUUCCCGGCACCUUUGCCGACAGCCAAGUGUUCAAAGUUGAAGCGCUGAACGCUCAAGCCCGCUUUGCCGCCAGCAUCGAGGACCGCCGGAUCCACAGCAUCCUCGGUCUAACACUUGGCCAGUUACGUAUCGGCCUCGCCGGUGUGCGCGCUACCGGCGGUGCGCCCAAGACGCUGAGCGAGCUCUCGGUUGAGGACGUAGUGCAGAGCGCCACCGGCUCUCGAGGUGGCACCAUUCUCAAAGUUCCCCAGGUCGAGGCCGUCAUGCAAACAUGGCAGCGGCCCGACAGCCGUUCCAUCGAUUACAUCUUCAAGAGCGCGUUCGAGGGCAAGGUCGAAGUGGGCUGGAACUACAGCCGCAUCAGCUUCAUCCGCGGCAUGUGGGCCAACCACUCCAAGACGCUCCAGCACACUUGGGGCAAGGAGUUACCGCCCGUUACGGCCAUCCGCGUCACAGGGGUGCCGGAGGGUCCGGCUGAUGAUGGUUCUGCCACUACCGCAAUGGCAUUUCAAAAAGACGGAGAGCAGAAGAAGCAGAAAGAUCACCGACAGUCAUCUAUUGCGUCCACGUCCACCUCCGCAGACGCCCAAGGGUCUUCCGCCUCCUCAUCCGGUUCUGCGUCCCAAGACAAAGACAAGGAAAAACAAAAGGACCAACAAAAGCAACAACAAUCCACAAACAAAAUCACAGCCGAGGUCAAAGUCCCCCAAUCCACAAACAAAAUCACAGCCGAGGUCAAAGUCCCCCAAUCCAAAUACGAGUACACGGCGCUCGAGCCGCCCGUGAUCGAAACCCCCCAGCUGCGCGACAUGGGCGAGGCCACGCCGCCGCUGGAGUGGAUCGGCUUGCACCGUGAUCGGUUGCCGAACUUGACGCACCAGAUUGUUAUUGUAAGCUUGUUGGAGCUGGCGGGCGAGGUGGAGGAUGCAUAUAGUAAAAUUUUGGGGAGUACGUGA